AGCUCGAGAGCUUUUUUGGUCGGCGUGAAACAACUGCUUGUGGUGGCGGAGACUACGCUUGCAAUAUCUGCCCAGAAACUUUUGAUCACAGAUGUUACAAGCCACCUUCUGUAAAUGGCUGGACUUGCACCUCAUUCUAUGAUUCCGUAAACUGUCCCUGCAGGACGGUCCGUAGAAUUUCAUGCCGCACUGUUGACAUUUUGACACGUCUCGACCCUUGAAUGUGGCCUUGUGAUUUUUACCCAUGUGUUUCAUCCACAUUCCAGCGGUAGAAAAGUGUUUUGGGCAGAAUCGACACUUUCCACUAGCUGCAGUAUAUUGUGACUGUCCAUCCAACGGUUGGUUGAGAACAUAUCUUACACUCAUUUUGAGUCUAAUAAGAAAAUCAGAAUGAGGAGGAUCUGCAAGGCAUGUUGGAGCCACGUCUCGUGCAGAAUGAGGAGAAGGAGAAAUGGUUUGUGCCAUAUUUUCCGGCGAAGGCGGAGGAGGAACGGCUUGUGGAGGGUCGCAGGGUGGUAUGUCUCGCGAGGGAGGCGGAGGGCCGACGACUUGUGGAGGGUCGCAGAGUGCCAUGUCUCGCGAGGGGGGCGGAGGGCCGACGACUUGUGGAGGGUCGCAGAGUACUAGGUCUCGCGAGGGGGGCAGAGGGCCAACGACUUGUGAAUGACCACAGACGUCUUGCAGAAUUGGAGUAGAGGAGGCUGGGGAGCGCGGAGUAUGGGUGGAUGGUAGGAUUGUAGGGGGACGCGUAAUCGACAUCUUGCUUUGAAAUUCCAGUUUAUAGUC